UCCAUAGACCCAGUACAUAUGUAGCCGUCGGAGGGACAGGGCGCGCAUGUUGAUUAAAAAUGCAUUAAAUAUAUCGCGUCGCACAAAAAAUAAAUAUAGUGACUGAAAAAGUGAUAGAAUUAUGUGAUAUAACUUAAAUAUUUUUUUUUAUCAUACACUGUGAUAUUGUAUCGAACUAUUAUUUUUAUAGCUAUUAAAAAUUUAUAAAAUGGCAGAUGAAAACAGGUGCGAUGCAGGUGAAUCGCAGACUUUUGAAGAUGAAGGCGUGCGAAAUUAUGGUUCUAUGAAUGACUCUACACCAUUUUUACAAAAUGGGACUUCACCCAUCAUUACCAAGACUCCUUUACCAGGAAAAACUGUUAAACCUGGUAAAGAGGGUAGAGGAAAGGCAUUUAAGCAGAUAAUGGCGUCUUUCGUCGCCAAUUUGGGAACCAUCAAUACAGGCAUGGCAUUUGGAUUUUCGGCAACAGCGUUGCCACAAUUAAAAAGUGCCGAUUCAAGCAUUCAGAUUACGGAAAAUGAAGCAAGUUGGAUUGCUAGUUUAAGUUCAGUCGGGACGCCCAUCGGGUGCAUCAUCAGUGGCUACCUCAUGGACGCAAUCGGCCGCAGACGCACACUUAUCAUCACGGAAGUGCCACUUAUUAUGGGCUGGGUCCUAAUAGCGUGUGCACAGAAUGUCCCCAUGAUUUAUUUAGGCAGGUUACUCAUAGGUUUUGGAUCUGGUAUGGUGGGCGCUCCAGCGAGAGUGUAUACCUGUGAAGUUUCCCAACCGCAUUUGAGAGGGAUGCUUGGAGCCUUGGCCUCUGUAGGAGUUUCUACAGGAGUUUUGAUACAAUACGUGAUAGGCAGUGUAACGUCCUGGAACAUAUUAGCGGGAGUGAGCGCGGUAAUACCUAUCGUAUCUCUAUUGGGAAUGACACUGCUGCCAGAAACGCCGAACUAUCUCUUAACUCAAGACAAGCCGGAUAAAGCUGAAACGUCUCUCGCGAAACUAAGAGGCUCGACUUGCAACCUUCAGGAUGAAAUUCAGAAGAUGAAAUCCUUUAAGGAGAAGAAUCACGUUGAACCAUUAAAAACGCCAAAGGAAAUAUUGAAAGCGUUAUUAUCUCCGUCCACACUCAAGCCUUUUGGAAUCCUCGCGCUGUAUUUCUUCAUCUACCAAUGGUGUGGUGUCAACACUAUCACGUUUUAUGCCGUUGAAGUUUUCGAGACAUCCGGUGCAACCUUAGACAAAUAUUGGUUGACGAUCUCGAUGGGAAUUCUCCGCGUCAUAUUCACCGUAGUCGGUUGUAUCCUCUGCAGGCGAUGUGGGAGACGACCGCUCACGUUUGUUUCUGCUUUCGGCUGCGGUAGUACAAUGAUAACGCUCUCAGUAUACCUCUAUUACGUUCAAUACUGGAAGGAUAACGACCUUCCACCACAAAACUCGUGGAUCCCAGUCGCCAGCAUCUACUGUUUCACUAUAUUCUGCACCCUGGGCUACCUCAUCGUGCCCUGGAUAAUGAUCGGUGAAGUCUAUCCUACUCAGGUUCGAGGCAUCGUGGGAGGAAUGACGACGUGCGCCGCGCACUUGUCGAUAUUCUCCGUCGUCAAAACCUUCCCCUAUCUGAAGCAUUCGCUUAAUGAUUACGGCGCCUUCGGCUUGUAUGGUUCUAUAUCUAUUGCCGGAAUGGCAUUCUUCUACGUCUUCUUGCCAGAAACUAAAGGAAGAACGUUACAAGAAAUAGAAGAUUACUUCUGUGGAAGAACGAAAACUCUGAAAAAGGCGAGUAUAACUGAAACAGCUUGAACAAAAGAAUAUCAAUAUAAGGAUAUUCUUAACUUUAACAAGCUCUUUACAAAUGGAGCGCAAUAUUUGAAAUUAUGUAAAAAUAAAUAGUUUGAAUAUUCUAAAUCAUUGCGUAUUUAUAGAUUCUGAAGAAUCAAAACUUAUAUAGUUGAAGGAUUACAUGAAAACUAUUUUUUAAACAUAAACUGGAAAUAUUUAUAGUAAAGUACAAAGCGAACUUAUUUUUUAUAAACCGUCUUUUAAAAAUAAAUGAUUAAGUAGGAAUAUCUUAGAAUGCUGAACAAAAUAUUCUAAUCUUGGAAACCGAAAAAUGUUUGAAUUCCAAUUAAAAAAAAACUGAUAAAAAUUGUAUUUUUCGAAUCGAUGUAUUUUUUGAAUAACGUUUAAGAAAAUAUUUUUAUGUAUAUUGAUGGAAAAAGUUUGUGUUGUUUAUUAUAUAUAAGAUGAUGUACAGAAAAUAUUGAAAAGGUUUGUGCCAUUGAAAGAGAAAAAUAUAUUUAUUUUUAGCGAUAAUUGUAAUAUACUAUACGAGCGGCAGCUUUUAUUUUUUCUAAAUAAAUUAAAUAUUUAUAAAUAAUGUGAGUAUUUGAAAAAAUGAAAUUGUGGAACAAUCUAAAGCUGUGGAUGAAGAUGUGAUCAAUUUAAUGUUACCAUAAAGUAUUUGUUAAAUUAUUUAAGUUAAUAAAAUCUAAAAAUUAAA